AUGCCCUCCGCCCAAUCUGGCCAUGUCCGCAAUCUUCAGCCCCACGGCCCCGCUGCAGCCUCGCGCGAUCACAACCCUCCGGACCACCAACAUGAGCAUGGCGUGCGAUUAGUCGAUCUAGCACGAAACUCUCACGAUGAUCUACGCGCCGCAACGGGCCUUAUCGACAAUCAUAUCACCGCUCCACCUACUGCCCUCAUCCCCCUCCGCCCUACCGCCGCCUCGACCUCGUCGUCUUCCUUGUCCAACCCUCAGCCCGCUGCUGUCGCUGCUCUGACCCGGAAGGGCAGUCUUUUGCACUCGCGCGCAAAGGCACUCGCCGCCUUCGUUCCCCGACUCACGCCUACCACCACACCGCCGCCAGAAAAGACUCACUCCGCGCCGAACAAGAUCUUUGGCGAUCUCUUCCACGGCCAAUCCGCACCCAUCAGGCUCGGCGCUCCCCAGUCUCCCAUCAAAGAGAAGGAGGAGAGCGAAAUCAUCAUGGACUACAGAUCUGCCUUCACCACUCGGCCUGGCCUGCUACGGCGACGAGAGACCAUCGAUCAAUCCCCUGCGCCACCUGUCGCGCUCUCCAAGCCAUCCUCCUCCUGGUUCACUCGCAAGACAGCAAACCCCAUCCCCACCAAAGAACCCUCAGACGAGCUGGCCACUCUCAACAUCAACUCCGCCCUCUUCCCCCACGGAACCGUCGAUCCCCUCGACCCAACCGCAUUCAACAACCUCCUGCUUAACGCCACCAACCUCCUCCACCGCAUGCAAACCGCAUACCGCGAGAAGGUCGACUACAUCGCCUCCAUCCGCCCCGAGCAAGAGGCGCAACAAGACGAAGUCGAGGAAGCAGAGACGCGCGCAACGCAUCUGAAGACGCAGCUCGAAGACAUGAGUCGGCGCGCGCAGGAACAAGAAAACACGCUAAAGGAGAUGGCUCGCGAGCUAGCAGAGGAAAGAAUGAAGAGUCUCGAGGCAGAGGAGAAGGUGACAGCCAUGGAAGCGCGCGAAGCAGCAGCCAACACCAUCCGCCUAGUCUCCCCGUCCACCUCAACCGCAAACGACGGCCCACCCAACGACGCAGACCACGUCGACGAGCCUACAACCUCUGAAAGACGACGCAAGCGCCCCUCCAGCAGCACCGCAAGCGACAGCGGCUUCGAAUCCGACAUCGACUCCAUCUUCUCCUCCUCCAGCCUCGCGUCCCCCACCCCGGAAUCCCCCAUCACACCCACCCUCAUCAUCGCCCCCAGCAUAUCGCGCAUGACGAGCUUCGAGUCCAGGCUGCAAAUCAACACGCACCAAGCCAAUGCGGCGAAGGCUGUAGCAGCGGCGGGCAGUGGACGCGUGGCUGUGCAGCGAUUGGGCCGCGAGGGCGCAGCGUGGGCGACUGUUGAUGCUUUGCGGGGGGAGAAUCGCGAGCUCAAGCGGCAUUUGGCGGAGAUGCAGGAGUGUUUGCAGGGGUGUAUUGAGCUUGUGUCUGGGGUGGAUGGGCGGUGA